GGGGCUAGACCACAAUCAGCUUAAAUGGGAAAGAAUAAUUUACAGUCGCGAUUACGUGCCUCCCUAGCCCUGUUCUGCAAGCCUCCGGCCGUUCGUGCGACGUGGUCGGGCGCGGCCCUGCAUAGUUGUGGGGGAGUAGCGUGUGAACAAUUCGCUCAAUUCAUUGCUGGCUAGCUUUACUUCGGAGGCAGAAUCUGUUUGUCGGUGAUGCCGUUUUUCAAAUGUCUGUACACACAUUUCAAUUAAUACAGGAUGGUGCAGACGUAUCAGUCACCCGUCAGGGUGUACCAAUAUCCAUUCGAAUUAGUCAUGAGAGCGUAUGACCGUCGGUUCCCAACAUGCAAGAUGAUACCAAUAUUUGUCGGGAGUGAGAUCUUGUCAGAAUUCAAGAGUAACGAUGGCGCUGUCCAUAUAGUAGAGAGACGCUGCAAACUCAACCCUGAUGCUCCAUAUCUACUUAAAAAGAUUGCUGGUGUAGAGUUCGUCUACUUUAUCCAGAAGAAUAAUCUUGACAUGAAAGGACGAACACUGAAGAUUGAAGCCAGGAAUGAAACAUUUGCUUCACGUAUUGGGAUCUUAGAAGGAUGCACAUACUCGGUACAUCCUGAUAACCCAGGUUGGACAAUCUUUGAGCAGACAGCUAGCUUGGAGGUCAAAUCAUUCUUUGGGUUUGAGAAUACGGUGGAGAAAAUUGCUGCCAAACAAUAUGCUGCCAAUAUCAAGAAGGGCAAGGAAGUCUUACUGUACUACAUUCAAGAGAUUCUUGCAGAAGGUGAGACUAAUUUCCCUACUUGGUCAGAGCUACAUGGAGAUGAAAAUGGAGAGGAGGAAGAAAGCGAGGAAACAAACAUCCCAGUCAUCAAAGAAAACGAGAACUUCAGUACACCCAAGAGGAAAUCAACCGUCAUCAAACAACAAUCCGAGGAAUCUAACUCAUUGCACCCUUUUGGCAAACAGACAGCUGCUUCUCUAGGCAUCACUGAUUGCUCUAUUAUCAGGAAUAGACUAGCUUCCAGUACUAUGGCUGAACAAGGUGGAGCUGUAGAGGGUGCUACAGCUUCUGCUGCUGAAGAGGCAUCCAAGGUGGAUGAAGAUUACAUCAAGAAAUUCCUUGGUGAUCUGACACCCCUACAGGAGAGUAGACUAAUCCAACUCAGGGAAUGGCUUAGUGAAACACAUAAAGGAAAGUUUGAGACUGAUAAACAAGUCAGAAAUAUGCCAAAAGAUUCCCACCUACUCAGGUUCCUACGAGCAAGAGACUUCAACACAGAGAAAGCACAUGAGAUGAUCACUGCGUCGUUAGCAUGGAGGAAACAGCAUAAAGUAGAUCAGAUACUCAGUACAUGGGAACCCCCUCCUAUACUACUUGAUUACUUCCCUGGGGGAUGGCACUUCUAUGACAGGGAGGGAAGACCAGUGUUUAUAAUGAGGCUUGGCCAGCUGGAUGUGAAAGGACUCAUCAAAGCUGUCGGGGAAGAGGCAAUACUGAGACAUGUUCUCUCAAUAAAUGAAGAGGGUAUCCGGAGGACAGAACAAGCUACCAAACAGACGGGACGUCCCAUUAGCUCCUGGACAUGUAUAGUAGACUGCGAAGGUCUGAGCAUGCGCCAUCUAUGGCGGCCAGGCAUCAAGGCUCUCCUGCGCAUGAUAGAGGUCGUCGAGGCCAAUUACCCAGAGGUCAUGGGUAAGCUACUGAUCGUGAGGGCGCCCCGCGUCUUUCCUGUCAUCUGGACGCUCGUUUCUCCAUUCAUUGAUGAGAAUACAAGACAGAAGUUCUUGAUUUACGGAGGGAAGAACUACAUGGAGAGUGGUGGACUCACCGAUCACAUAGCUCAACAGUAUGUACCAGACUUUAUCUGCGGUGACUGCUAUUGUGAUAUACCAGAGGGAGGGAUAAUUCCCAAGGCAUGCUACCGAUCUACUGAUGAUCUAUACUCGAUAGGAGAACCUACACUAUGUGCUGAGACCGUCUACAAGUCUGUUCUUCUGCAGAAAGGCAUUCCACAUGAGGUCCUAGUCCAUGUCAAGGAUGCCCAGCAGGUCCUAACCUGGGACUUUGAUGUCCUACGUGGGGACAUCGUCUUCUCGGUCAUGGUCUCCCGUCGGCCGCUGACCAUUCACAAAGAAGUGACCAAUCCUGUGUCCACUCCGGCUGGAAUCAUAGCCAACACAGUGGUCAUUGACAAGUCCAUGCAGUGUGGCAUUGACUACAAGGUUGUAGAGUCUGCCCUGGUCUGUAAAGCAGGUGAAAGUAUACAGGGUUCCCAUGUUUGUCAGGUAGCAGGAUGGUAUGUGUUACAAUGGAGGCAUUAUAACAUCUCGGCCGCUCUACCUAGCUCGGCCCAGAAGGCUGCUCAUCAUUAUCAUAAAUCAAAGAUCAUGUUCUACCAUGAAGUACUAGCAUCUGAAGAUUUCAGGGGCUCGAUGACCAGCUUACAGUCCUGCCACAGUGGGUUCUCAUCAUUGAGUAUCAGUACAACGUCUAGUAGAGCCAGCGACCGAUCCCACGCUAGCUCCCACACCACGAUCUCAAGGUGACUAGACCAACAGGAUGCCCGUUUCUAGUGCCAAGCUCCGCCCAACUCGUCUUUAUAUCAUGCUCUGUCCAUUCUGAAGUGAAGUGUGCUGGCUGUAAUAAACCUGUUGGUUAGACUGUCUCGUUUGCUGUUCUGUUCAGGAAGUGAUGAUGUCCGCAACAUUAGCAUUUCAGGCUCUAGUCUUACAAAGAGUGACGAUUGAUCCAAUCAAUUGUAACUCGAUGGAAAUUUAUCAGUGUCAUAAUUUUUUCUACAGAAAAUUUGCAAAUUUUCCUUUGUAAACAAAGGCGAACAAACCAAAUUGUCAAGAAAACAAUGAAUUUACGAAUAUACAUCAUUUCUAGAAAAUAUUUUGAACAUGCAUUUUAGAUGUUGAUGUUGCUGGCUUUCCAUAGUUGAGAUUGAUCAGAUCAAUAGCAACUCUUUGGAAGAUGGGGCCCAGGAAGUAGAUGAGUUAUUGAUCUUGACACUGAGCUUAGUGGGAGUGUUUGGGUUUUCAUCAUAGCUUUAUCUAUUCUAAAGUAUACUGUUCCAAACCUUGUUUUAGCCAUUCUGUCAAGUACGUAAUGAUAUCCACAAUGUAACCAUUUAGGGGUAGAUGAUAAAGUAAUCUUGACCCUGACACUAAGCGUACUGGCAGUAUUCAGUAUUUCAUGAUAGGUUUAUUCCCUCUGAUCUAAAGGUAUGUUGUCCCAGACAUGUCUGCUGUCCAUCUUAUACUCAAAAGAAAGAUGUCUGCCAAUAUAAAUGUAGCAUAUGAAGUUUGUAACCUUGAAUUAGGUCUGUUCACUCUGAAGUACAAUGUAUACUGUCCUAACCUGCUUGUUCAUUCUGUAAAGGAAGUGGUAGCACCUGUCAUGGCAGAAGUUCAGAAGUAGACAAUAAAUAAUCCUUGACCCUUCACCCAGGUCAGUAUCCUUUGACACAGCAUAUUGGAUCCAUUUGGUUUGAAUACACACAGGAUUUGAAUUUGAAUAGGAAACCACUUGACAGAUUU